UUUAUCGUAGCAACUGAAUUYUCUUUGCAAGAAAAGAUGGAUGCCACUAAAAAACCUCUUCUUAUUCCUCCAGAGUUUGCAAAUUAUGCUCAAAAACAUGGURUCUUUCAACUUUAUGAAAGAGUACUGUCAAGACUGGUAGUAGAGCAACCAGCAGACCCACUGUCAUCUAUAAUAGAUAUGCUACAACAAGAAGAAAAUGUUCCUCAGAUCAUCAUACAUGGGCYGCCAGCAGCUGGGAAAAGAACUAUGGCUGCUAUGGCAAGUAGUCAUCUUGGUUGUGUACAUAUUACUCUUGAAAACUUGGUGGAAGAGUCAGACUCCAAGUCAGGAACAAAGGCUUCUGAAUACAUGAAAGCAAAAGAGGAAGUGCCUACACAUAUUUGGAUCAAUUUGCUGAAGGAAAGAAUGGAGAGAAGAGAUUGCAUAUCUAGGGGAUGGCUACUUGAGGAUUUUCCUAAAACAAGAGAACAGGCAUUAGCAAUGCAAGUUGAAGGAAUUAUUCCCAAGUACUUUGUCCUCCUCGAAUGUCCAGAUACGGUGCUGAUUGAAAGAGUGAUGGGGAAAAGGAUUGAUCCAGAAACUAAUGAUGUUUAUCACACAACAUUUGAUCCUCCAAGUGACCCUGACAUUGUCAGACGUCUUGUUCCUGAUUCUAAGUCCUCAGAUAAAGUCAUGAUGCAGAGGUUGAUGGAAUAUCACAGACACAUUGAUGGCGUUCUAAGUUGUUACAAGAAAGUCUACAAAGCUGUGAAUGCUGACCAGCCAAAGGCAGAUGUAUUUUCACAAGUGGUUGCUUACCUCAAGACUAACAAUMGGUCCAAUGCUCCACAUACUCCAYGUAUCAUCUUGCUUGGGCCUACUGGGUGUGGCAAAAGUGUUCAAGCCGAAUURCUGGCAAGCAAAUAUGACCUUGUCAAUGUAUCUUGUACAGAGUUGAUCAAGCAGUGCCUUGUUGAUGACUCCAAGAUGGGUGACAUGAUUAAACCAUAUCUCGAUAGAAAAAUGCUAGUUCCAGAUGACAUGGUCAUCCAGUUACUCAAGAAUCAACUAAGCAAGCUUGAUGCUGUCACCAAAGGCUGGGUUCUUCAUGGCUUUCCCAAGACAAGAGAACAGGCCGAGGCUCUGACACGGGCAGGAUUUGAACCAAACAGGGUGAUUUUUAUGGAUGUACCUAAUGACACAAUACUUGAAAGAGUCACGUUACGAAGUGUUGACCCUGUCACGGGYGACCGGUACCACUUAAUUUAUAACCCUCCUAGAUCGGAGGAAGUCAGAAUGAGGUUACAGAGGCGUGUAAAAGAUGAAGAAGACUCAGUCAAUGCAAGAGUUGCACAAUACCAGGCAUACAUAGAUGAAAUAUCAGAGUUCUAUGAAGACAUUGGCCAACAUAUCAAUGCUGAUCAGGAUAUCCACACUGUGUUGGAAUGUAUAGAGAGUAUUAUUGUCAAUCCUUUGCCAAGAAAAGACGAAACAUAAGCCAUCCUCAUAACACUUUUUUGGACCUUGUAUAAAUUUGAUUGACAUUUCCUUUGCAUAAAGCCAAGCAGCCAAUAAUUGUUUAACAAUUGGAUUUUGGAUUUUGAGGAGUUACAUUACAAUUCUCAUUAUGUUUGUCACUGUGUGGUGGCUCUCUGGGAGAUUGGAAAGGAGGGAAAAGGGGAGGAAAAAGGGGAGGAAAAAGGGGAGGAAAAAGAGGAGGAAAAAGGGAAGGAAAAAGGGGUGGAGAGAAAGGAGAGAUCUUCUUUCUUCCCCUUUUUUCUUUCCUCCCCCCUCCCCCCUCCCCCUCUUCUUUUUCCUCCUUCCCAAUCCCCCAGAGAGCCGCCAUGCAAGCUAGUCUUCCUGUGGUUAAACAGCUACAAAAGCAGGAGAACCAGGAGCUAGGAUACCAUAAGUCUGUGGUCCCAUCUAACCUUAUACCAUCCAAGACAUUUCUAAAUGAGAGACUUUUAAGUUGAAUGUUAUAAAAGUUUUAAUUGUAAAUACUUCAAGCUCAUAUUAUUUGUUACAUUGUUUAGUGUACAAUAAAAGGUUGUUACCAAGGA